UCGGAUGUACCGCGACGCCAUUCAAAACGCACCGAACGUGGCCGCUCCCAAAUAAUUUGGAUUAAAUCCCGAAUAUUUUUCCAGUUCGCCAUUGCUAUUCGGCUUGCGUCCGGCGUCCUAGGCCGUUCGCGCGACACGCCACUGACACAUUUCUGCGGUUUCGCGCGCCUUUUGAAUUUAGAACAGUUUUCGUUUUUCUUUUGAUACGGUGCUUUGAAUAUUGCUCAGACACGUGAAAUUCGGAAAAUUGUACUGUGUUUUUUUAUUGUUUAAUUUGUCGGAUUUUUCAAGAUGGAAAUAAGGAGACGUGGUGGACCAUCAUUUCUCACAUAUUGGAUAUUUUUGCUGCAAAUGUUAGGCAGUGCUCGUCGUGGCGCAGAAGGACAUGGUCGUCUUAUGGACCCUCCUGCGCGUAAUUCUAUGUGGAGGUUUGGUUUUCCAAACCCUGUCAACUAUAAUGACAACGAACUCUUCUGUGGUGGAUAUGCCGUCCAGUGGGAGCAGAACUCAGGACGGUGUGGUGUGUGUGGUGACGCAGAUAACCUCAAUGAACCGCGGCCUCAUGAGGCCGGAGGGAUGUACGGCAAGGGCAUCAUAACCAGACACUACAGCGUUGGACAGGAAAUAGAAAUAGAAGUGGAAUUAACGGCGAAUCAUCUUGGCACAUUUAUACUAAAGCUCUGUCCGAACAACAAUCCGAAACAAGAAGCGACACAAGAGUGCUUUGACAGGUACCCGCUUUACAUAUCCGGAACACGAGAGGACAGAUUCCUAAUACCUCUAGAUACUGCCAAGAAAGAACAAUUCAGGUACCGAGUGAGGUUACCUCCUUACGUAACUUGUACGCAGUGUGUCUUACAAUGGACAUAUUAUACAGGAAACAUGUGGGGUAUAUGUCCAAACGGCACGGAAGCUGUCGGAUGUGGUCGCUCUGAAACAUUUAGGAACUGCGCGGAUGUGAGUGUAGUGACCAGCACCGGUGGUCUUCCGCCAGCGUUUGCUGGUGACCUGCGGAAAGACAACCCGUUCUUGUUGUACUACAGGGACUAUAACAUGCCUCAAAACGUCUACCCUCUUGUUGUCAGAGAUCAAGUCUGUCUGCCAUCUCUUAGUUACCGUGUAAUACCUGGAAUGUUAAGCUGGUGUCAGACUAACUGCCUGCGGUACCCUCCCAAUUGUCCUGAGAAUCUGUGCCAAUGCCCACAAGUCUGCGAAGCAGUUGGUGAGUUGGAGGGUCGGGAAGGUGCCGACGUGUACUGCAUGGACCAGUGCAUCGUGUAUCCGCCGCGCUGCCCCAAAGAUAGGUGUCGCUGCUAUUAGCAUGAAACUGGUACCAGUGGCGCCCAAAACUGAAGCUUGCAAUUGUUUGCAAAAUGCUCGUAAUUACCGCGCCGUACUUAAUAGCGUCCUUACUAUAUCGUCUUAUCCUUUUGUCCAUAAUAAAAUUCUUACAAUUAUUUUCCUUAAUAUUUCAAUGACAUUGCAAGCACAUUACAUUUGAUUGAUAUUAUCUAUAUAAAUAUCAUAACUGGCUAUCUAAGACAAAACUGGAAAAAUAAAAAACAUACACGACUUAUUGAAAAUGAAUGAUUAUUUAAAAGCAACUUAUUGAAAAUAUCUUGUCGAUGAAAUCCUUCCUAUGUUUGAUUAAUAUAAUAAAACUAUAAAUAUUAUUAAUUUGCGUUCCUCUUCAAUAUUUAUCCUUUGUUUUAUUGAAUAUUCUGUUUUCUUAAAAGUUCUAUAGACCUAAUGUACAGCUGUAUAUAUUAUACGUAAUUCUUGUAAAUCAACAAUACGAGAUUUUAUAUCUAUAUUUUAUGUUUGGUGU